AACCCCCCUUUGGUUCCGACGAUGACGUACCAACAGUUUCGGUUAUUGGAAUUAGCAACUGGAGAUUGGAUAAUAGUAAAUCUAGUAGAGCAUUAUUGGUUCAGCGCCCUCUCUUUACUGAAAAUGACCUGGUUGAUACUGCAAGACGUAUGCUUGGUCACAUCAAGGAUUUCAAUAAUGUUGACAUCAGUUAUUUUUUGAGGAGACUCGCGGAUUCAUACCUUCGCUACAUAAAUAAUCAGAAAUACUCUAAUUUUCAUGGACUUCGAGAUUAUUAUUCUCUCGUAAAAAGCAUAAGAAAUAUGAACACCAAGAAGCCAAAUAUCCAACUAGCGCUAGCUCGAAAUUUUGGAGGAACUGAUCAAAUGGAAGAUUUGUGUUGUCUCUACUUUCAACAAGUCUUGAAGCCGCAGCAUAUACAAAAAUUCACUUAUAACCCGAUACCGGUUCAAGAUCUUAUCAAUGCAAAUCUCGCCGAAAAGGGCGCUCGAAACCUCAUGCUUAUCGGCAAUAGUAAUUCUAUCGUCACCCUUCAAGCAUAUAAGCUUCGUCAACAAAAUAUCGAACCGAUUGUGAUCAUUGGAUCACAAUUCCCUGAUGAUAGGGAUGGCGGAGAGUAUUCAUAUGCUACUCUUAACCGCAUAAUGAUGUGCGUGGAGACAGGCAGACGUCUGAUAUUAACAGACCUUGAAAUUAUUUAUGGUUCUCUUUAUGAUCUGUUCAAUCAGAAUUUCCUGACAGACGAAAAUUCUGUCGACGAGGAGGAUGGUGAUUUGAGUGAUAAAAAUGAAAAAAGAUACUACACAAGAAUUAGCCUGGGCCCAUAUUCUAAUCCAAUGUUAUAUGUGUUAGAUGAGGCAAAACUUCCAUUUUCCGAUCCACCCCUCCUGAACCGCUUUGAAAAACAAAAAAUAACCCUCGAGGAAACUCUAAAUGAACGCGAAUUAAAUAUCCUUAACAUCCUAAAAGAGUGGGCACGUCAAAUUUCGACCAUUUAUGAAGCGAAUGAAACCGAAUCUAACAACCAUUUCAGUGAAAAAGAUUUGUUUAUUGGAUUCACACCGGAAGAGACGCUGCAAAGUCUUAUCGUGGAUCAGUGCGGAAAAAACCCCGAUUCCAAUGAUGACACGAUCAUUCAUUCCUGUAAAGAAGCCUUAAUUUCAAUCGCCACUUCCGAUGGAGUUGUAAGAGCCGAAAAAUCUAUUUUAAAAUUUAGUGAUGCUCAAGAUGUAAAGAACUGGCAAGAUGUAUAUUUCGGGAAGCAACAACACGGCAGUAUUAGAGAAUUUUAUCGCACGCUACUAGACAACAACAGUCCCCUGACAAGCAACUUAACAAUCAUAAAUACUUUUUCUAAUAUUAACACUAAUAUCAAGUCAUCCCUAAAAAAUGUCAUCGACUGUCAAGUCGAUAAACAAUCAACUUUCAAGUCCGAAGCUGAACUGCAAAAUCAGAUUAAACGUUUUUACGAGUCUGAAAAUGAUUUGUAUAUUCUGCAAUGUGAUCUUUCAACUGUGAGCGCGGGGUGCAUUAGACUGGCGAAAUUUAUAAUCGAACAGUUUAGAAAUGAACUUUCAGAUGACAGCAAAUCAGUAAAGCACGCGUGCAUAAUUCUUCAUUUUAAUAGGAAACAUGAUAAAGAAAAAACAAAUCUAUUUAAUUUCAUGUGCGGCUGGAAUCAGGUUACCAUUGAAGACUUGGAUACGUCAGAAAGCUCACUUUCUCGAUUUCUUCAUUCGACGAUUGGCGAAAUUUUAAACGAAAGAUUUGAACAGAUUUUAAGUCAAGAACUUCUAUGGUGCUUGCUUUGCAUGAAGCAUCCUUCUUCAAGAAAGUCGGUGGAGCACAUCAGGUUGAUACAAUUGGUACAAGAGAUUCCAAAGUGCACAAAACUGGUCGAAUGUUUGAGAUUGCGUACAAAUGAUUGGUUAUGCGUCAAUUCUUCAGAUCAAUGGCAGUUGGACAUAGCCUUAGAUCAAAAGUCAUUAAUAUUACACUCGUCCUUUUCCGUGGCUCUAGAGAUGUACGUGAAUACCUUAAUUCGAAAACCAAUUGCCAAAUUGCUUUAUGUCCUGGAACGCCAUCAUGCAAUCAUGCUUUUUUUUUCAUGGGACCAAGAUAAUGAUGAAAAUGAUUUGUUCACAUUUUGGAAACAUAUUUUCAUGAACAAAAAGAUUGUAAACAUCGACGAUAUGAUUAUGGAUCCACGGCCAGACCUGUACACUAUCUCGGGCAAUUAUUUGAAUCUUAAGUUCCCUUUCUCUCAUUACUUUAUGGAACAAAUAGACCAAUAUAAGAAACUUUAUCAUGAAGAACUAGACCUCAUGUACGAAAAACCCGAAAAUUUGGACGAUGAUGAAAAUCUAAGCCCAGAGAUUUUGACUCAAUUUCACGGGAGGUUUGUUGAGACCAUCCGUGCAACGAUCACCAUAUUGACCUCAGAAAUCGUACAACUUGCGGGAAACUUGUACUUAGAUGAUUUCGUUAUAAUUUCCUCCACAAAUGCGGGAUAUUCGCAAGAGUCUGACGUCAAACUAUUACAUUUUCUUUUAAGCCGCUCGUGUGAUGCAGAGGUGUUGAACGAUCCAAUUAGGUUACACAUAUAUUGGUGGAAAAAUUCCGAUGCCCUUAUCUCUGAAUUAGAAUUGGCUCGAAUAUGCCCUUCAGUCAUAGAACUUGAUAAUGAAGACCACGAAAAGGAUAAUCGCUUUGGGACUUAUUUAAUAGACAAUGUAUGUAGAAUAAUGAUUGAGAAGCUUAUUAAACUGGGAACUCCAAAAGAUGACAAGAAUGAAGUUUCGGAUGAUAACGUUAAUGAAACUGCAAAUGAUGAGGAAGUUGCGGACGAUAGCGUUAAUGAAACCGCGAACGAUAAUGAAGAAGUUGAAAAUGAUACCAAUAGUGAAUUCGCAAGCGAAAAUAAUAAUGAACCCACAAACAAUGACAAUAAUGAUGAAAAUAAUGGAGACAUGAAAGAGGUCGAUGUCAUAACUUUUCUUCAUGAAUGGCGACGUCAAGUUGUUAGCAUCCUAUCAUUAUGUGCCAACAUUGAAGGUUCCUCGGAGUCAAUACUUCUGCAAUUUUUACGUAUAUGCAAUGAUCUGAUCUCCUCCGAGUCGAUCGGUCUUUCGGAUAUCGUCAAAGCCCUCAAUCUCACAAAAGAAAUUGAUUCUGAGAACAUUCUUUCGCGAGAAUUCGUCGAUUAUAUUUUAGAGCUUUUAACCAAAAUCACUGUUACGGAGAAAACUAUCACUUCACAUUGCUCAUUCCUUCGACGAUGUCUGGAUAUUGUUCCGCUCGGUUCACCAGUACGUUCCCACCUUUAUGAAAUACUUUUCAAACAAGAACCACGUCCGCUUUUCGGCUCCGUCUUAUCACGCGCUCUGAUGCCUGAAGAAGAAUCGAUUCCUCUGUUAUUCCAAAACACGCCAGCAACUUUAAUUCGCUAUCCUAAUCUAAAUGCUACCAACAAUGCUCUCAAGAGCAAUGAGGUUGAUGCCCCAAUUUACGCUUUAUGUUGUGACGUAUUACAAUAUAAUUUCUUUGCUUCGUACACAUUUAAGGAAUUAGCUGAUGGCUUUCGAGAUGCGAUUGAUAUUUUAUGCAGCGCAAAUUUCGAACCCCUACAAUUAGUUCUAUCCGUUGCCUUGCUCAAAGAAUUCGUAAAUUACAGGACAUUUUCGUGGUUAAAAGAUUUCGAGUGGAGUGAUGAAGACAACAGAAUAGGCUUUAUACCUUACCGCUCUUAUACCCAUUACAAUGAGGCGGAAGAGGCAUUCACUCCAUUACUUGAACGCGGGCAACAAACUCAAGCUAUGAAUUUUCUAAAUCGAGUUUCAAACGAUGCAUCAAUGAAUCUAAAGAUGUCUUUAAUGGGUGUUGUGAUCUCUCGCCUAUACAUCAUACGCUCCUUGCGCGAGCUGCGUCCAAAUGAAGUGAAUGCAAUUAAAUGGCUACGUACUCAAUCGAAUAACAUAGAAUUUGACAACUUUUAUCGAGAAACAUUGUUGAAUAUUACCGGGAACGAACAUAAGCUUUAUAGUGUUUCCCCAGAAACAAGCCAGACAGAGUUACUAAUUCGAUCGGUUAUUGCUCAUAUUAUUGCUCUUCAUUCCUGUCUUCCGGCAACGAAUUCUCCGUUAGCUGCAUAUAUGCAAACUCUGAAGGCGUGCAAGGAUACUUAUAUAUUGACAUCUUGCGCAGACAUUGAUGCGAACAUCCUUAUUGAAAUCGGAGCGGCUCUUGGUCAAUUUACGCGCUACGAGUGUGAAUGUGGUUUUAAAUAUAUCGUUACUGAAUGUGGUGGCACGCGAGAGGAAGGCACCUGUCCUAGAUGUAAUAGCCGCAUUGGAGGAUUAAAUUAUCAGGUCAAUCCUGGCAACAAGCGUAUAGACACUGCAGCGAUUCACGGAAACGAGGAGACGGAAGUAAAAUUAGGAUAUAUAUAUGAAUCUAUCGAAAGCAGAAAGGACUCCAACUUCCGCCUUAGAAAUCUGACGCCAGUAUCUUUCCGCAUAUUGCAUCUUUUCGUGCAUGUGCUUAUCGCCGCCAAUUCACAAGAAGAUUGCGGAGAUUUUUUAAAUAGUCAACAAGGCCAAGAAAUUAUUCAAGAACCUUUGGAUUAUUGCAAGCGGCAUAUAGAAAACGAUUGGAAUAUAUUAACGCGUUUGUUCGAUUGUAACGACGAAACAUUGGCAUUAGUAUUACAUUCUAUUCUUUCAUUAAUGGCAGAAAAUCCAAUUACAACAAUAGCCAGAUUGGACACCGUAGAAAAUAGAAGACUUUGGGAACACGAAUUCACUCAACGUUACAUAACUCCAAAAGUAUCCAACGUUCAUGGGACCGCAGCAGAAUUCAAAGAACGAGUAAAGAAUGUUGAGCACAGGCUCGAAAGUGAAAUUGAUGAGACGAUGGAGGUUACCGAAGAAUAUCGGCUUAAAUUUCAUCCAAGAAUAUGGCGAAGAGUAGUCGAAACAAGUCUUGAAAGUUUUCGGGCUUACUGUAUAGGACAUCAAAAUUUUGCAACCGAGUUUCCGUUUUUAUCUCUGUUCCUUGAAUAUCAAGGUCAAGUGUCAUUAUUAAGUAAUCUCGCGCCAAUCGUGAAAUUCGCGCGGAUUCUUUCUUCAAAAUUAAGUUAUCGUUUGAAAAGGGCUGAUUCCCGUAUCCUUACGUUCGAUCAGUUUCUAAAAAGCGAAGCCCAAUCUACCGAAAACCUUAAAGAAACUUUCGAAAAUUUUGUUGCUGCAUGGAACUCUGUUAGAGAGCACAUUACAAGAUAUGAAUGCCAUGAGUUUGCCAGCCCAAUGCCUGAAAUGGCCGGAAAUCUUCCGUUAAUAUAUGCGCUGAUUGAUUUGAGAGAUGAAUCAUUAUAUAUAUGUGGAGCUAUAGAUUAUCUGGUGAAUUUACAAAAUAACUUUUUACAACAAGUCUUAACCAUUGAACCUGGCUGUGCUUCGCUAAGAUUUUUGGAGCAGGGGCAACUUUCAAAUAGCAAUAACACCAUGAAUCAGGGUCAAUAUUAUAUAGAAACAAUGUCGCUUUCGGAAGCCCGCGAUAUCCAUUUGAUGAACUACGAAUGGAAUCCUCGAUUGCUUACCUACAGCCAACGAGAUCUUAAACUUGGUCAUGGACAAGAAAUGCAAUACGAAUUAUAUAAAAUUGAAGCGGAGUUAGCACAUUCUUUGAUAUUCAACAAAGUCCACCUAAAUAAAAGCAAUGAACGAUUCUGGCUAGACAUAUUUUCGUAUCAUCUUGAACUAUUUUCAAGCUCUCGAACAAUAAUUAGCGAAAUCAAAGAAUUAAUUCCCCAGGAGAUGGUUCCUACUGAAAAACUUGGAUCUUUUGUCGUAACCACAUCCUCACCUACGAAAAUAGGAACCAACGUUACUUUGGUUUUCGAAAAUCCUACUGAACUCUUAUCAGAAUUCGAAGUUCUGCUUUGUUUUUUGAAAAGAACUUCGGGCGGAGAUCGCGAUAUAAAAAUCACCGAUUAUCUCGACAAAUGGGUAAGGCUGUCGGCGUUAAAGGAGAAUGAUCAGUUCUAUCGAAUAAUUAAUGGAUUAAAAUUGAAACAUGUGGUAUCAUUAUACGAAUUGGUGGAAGAGAAGGUGGCAGAUGUGGAAAUAGAGUUUCUCCCAGAAAAAUAUAAAGCCAAACUAGGAAAACCAUUACAAGAUGAAAUUACUGCCGGUGUUGAUUUUGAACAAUCGCACGGUAUUGGUGGGAGUAAUAAUAGAAAACUUAGAAUUCCGCACGAUGCAUUCGCUAUUGCGUUGAAAAGAUUCAUGUUCCGUUAUUUAUCAUCCGAAAUGUUUUCCGAAAAAGAAAAACUUUCAGAUUAUCUGGCCGGAGAGACAAUAAUUGACUGCUGGCAAUCUUUUGUGUCAGAAGAUGUUAUUCGUGAUAAAUUUCCGAAAUCUUUAUUGAUUGCGAAUAUUUAUGAAGCGUACCGAUAUACAAUAAAACAAAUACAGGAGAUGAAUAAAGCAAAUUCUCAAAACAAAACCAACAAGGGUGCUAGUAGCAGUAACAGCAAACAGAAUGAUAUUUCCGCCAAACCAGCGGGUAGAGGAAAGAAAAGCACACGUAAGCUUAAAGAAGAAGAUGGCAGUCUUCGCGAUUUCUUGAAAGAAAAAUUUCCGAGCUUAAGAUGGACGCAAAAAUUAGAAAUCUUGUUUACAGCAGCCAAAGGUCUUUCUGACAUUCAUAAUGCAGGAUUAAUUCAUAAAGAUUUUCAUUCAGGAAACAUUGUCCUUUCGGAUCUGACCUCUUUUAUUACGGACUUUGGAUUUUGCAAACCGGCUAACUAUAAUUCACCAGAAGCAGAAGGCAACAAGAUUUUUGUGUAG